CCAUCGGGCUUGGGUCACCAGUUCUUUCCCCAGCUGUUCCACUUUUUCGGCAAUGAUACUGAUGAGUGCCUGUCGAGAUGGUUACACGUCAACAACACAUUUUUCGGUGGUUAUUAACUGUGUUUUGCUGUCUGAUUUACGCAAUUUUAUUCUACCAGUUCUCUACCGAAGAAAACGGACUGAGGCAGAAGAGACCUAGACCGGCCAGUGCUCAUCGGUUAUACCCGUCUAACUGGACUCUGGUGAACUUGAAGCGAUUCGAGUUUCUGCUCAACUCGGAUCCUUGUGGCGAUCGCCAUAGGGUCGACCUAUUGGUGAUAGUUACGUCGCAUCCGGGCCAUAUAUCGCUACGGAAUGCAUUCCGGAGGGCUCUAUCGACAGAGGCGCUGCGUGCUUUCUACAUCAAGCGGGUGUUUCUGCUGGCACGAAUCAAUCCCGGUCAAAGUGGCUAUCGUCAAGUAGAUCAAACCGUAAUAGAAGAAGAACAUUUAAAUUACAACGAUAUCGUUCAAGGAGAUUUUAUCGAGUCAUACCACAAUCUCAGCUACAAGCACGUCAUGGGUUUAAAGUAUUCCGCCCAAUUUUGCCCGCAAGCCCAGCUGGUUUUAAAGAUGGAUGACGACAUUGCCGUUGACCUUUUUCAGCUGUUGAAUCUCGUUCGCAAUCACUCUUUAUCAGGUAUGCAAAUAGCGGGGGCCGUGAUGACCGGCGACGAAUUGAAUCCUGUGAGAAACAAGGCCAGUAAAUGGUACGUUAGUCGAGAUGAUUACGCUCCGUCUACGUACCCACUUUUCGUCUCCGGAUGGGCUUACGUCACCACAGUUCAAGCCGCCAUUCAGCUAGUCAGGCACGCCGAAUCAUCGCCUUUUUUCUGGAUCGACGACACGUACGUCACCGGAAUGCUGGCCGCGUUGUCCGGAGUAAGACAUGUUGAUAUCCGGCCGUAUUUCACCGUUUUCGCUGAUCAUUUAAGAUGUUGUCUACGGAAUUACUCGACUGCCUGCGACUAUUUCAUCGGACCCUCCGAUGAUGAUGUAGAACUGAUCGAAGCCUUCCAUCGACAGUCGUUGCAUUGUAAAAUCAAUUAUUGUCAAUCAACAAAUGAAACGGACAAACCCAGUCUUUGUGUGAUUACUAAUCAUCCUCCCAAUACGUACAAUAAAUUGGAAGGACGCAUCAUCCAUGGCCAAGUGAUUCCGCUAUUAUGAUGCGCACUUUCUUUUGUGUGUUCUCUAACAAUUUGGUUCUCAUUUGAACAUUGUGAUAAUCGCGAAUUAGUCUCUUUUUGCAUCAUCCUUUUCGCCAAACGAUAAAAAAGUUUUUUCAAGAAAAUCAUAAAUGCGCGAAAUGGAUAAUGAUAUACAACAAAAAAAGCGUAAUUUAGCGUUCAGCCGCGUGAAAAAAGACCAAAAACAUGAGAAGAAGAUUAUUCUUUUAUGCUGACAAUACACAGGAAAAAAGAAAGAUUUACAUCUUUUUUAUUGUGCCAUUGUAUCAAAAGGUCAGAAUAGA